GCAGGUGUGUUUACAAACGCGGGCUUCCGGCGAGCGAAUCUGCCCAAGGAAAGAAAGAACGCGACACCCUGCUCUCCAGAGGCCCCAGGUUGGUCCAUUUUCAUAAAUUAGCAUACAGGGAAGGGGAGCUGUUCCGGGCAACCACGCCCACGUUGGCGAGGCGGGGUGGCGGCGGCUGGCACGGUCGCGAUGGCGCUGAUCUGCUUCAGUUCCUGAUAACACGCAUUUCCAGAGGAGCUGCUGCUUCGGUGGCAUGGCGGGCGUGUCUGGCACAGCGGGCAGCUGCGAGCCCCCCAAGAAAGCAGAGGAGCAGGAGGAAUCGGAGCAGAGAGCUCUCCUCUGGGAGGCGGCGAAGAUUCGAACGGACUCCGAAGUCAAUGUCGCCCCGGACGGAGAUGAGGUGUGCCAGCAGGUGCCCCCUUUGGAGCGCGCAUGUGAAGAGCACAGCGUGGAGAUCGUGGAUCCGGAGGAGGAGACGCCUGGGGAGCAGGAGUGCCCGAUCUGCACCGAGCUUUACGAUACCGACGAGCACCCCAGGGCGCUGCUCAACUGCGGACACGUGAUGUGCAAUCAGUGCCUGAACACCCUGCUCAAGGGCAACGGGGAGGCCGACAUCGGCAGGGUCAGCUGCCCCAUCUGCAGGCAAAAGACGCCGAUGCUGGAGUGGGAGAUUCGCAAGAUGCAGGAGGACAUGGCAGUCCAACUAAGUUCUCCCCGCUCGUCGGCCCAGCACUCCUUGCUGCCCCCAUCCGCCUACCUGAUCGCCACCUCCCACGGCAGCAGGUCGCCCCCUGCCCGCGGCUUCGGUGCUGCCCUGGAACGGCGUUUCCAGCUGCGCUUCCAGACCACUCGAAUGUGCGGCUGCCUGCCUUGUGUCCGCUACCCGGUGUGCCUAAUCGUGCUGCUGGGGCGACUCCAGGCCCGCUGCCGCUGCUGCUACCUGGUUACCCUGGCGCUGCUCUACGUGCUGGAGAUGAGCUGCAUUCUGCUGAUCUUCCUGCCCGUGAUUGUCCUGGUCGUGCUCUUCACCGCCAUCGAGAAGUAGCUCUGGCCAGACCACCUUUCUUAUGCGGCUGGGGGCACCGCAGGAAAGCAUCGAUCCCAUGGCAGCUUCCUCGGGACGAGAGGGUCCACCCGGCGUAGGAGAUGCCACUGCUGGCUGAAUCUUCCAGGGGUCCUCUAGGAACAUUAAAUGGCUUCGGAUGUGGGCUUGUUUACUGGGAUUGCCAAAGUGGCAGGGUGUCUGUACGGGACUGGCAUCAAUUCGGAUUACAGAAGAGAGAAAGUGGACGGGAUGAGCGGGACAGCUGCGUCUUCAUGGAGGGGGACUGUGAGGCCCCGACAAUGGAAAACAACCCAAAAGGACAUUUUAGUGACCGAGAAGGGCGACCCAUCUGCUAAUGGGACUCGACUCACCCACUCAAUGGAGUUUCACUUUCUCUGCUGCCUUUCCUGAACAAGACAAUGGAGAGGAUAUGACAGCUGGGCAUCCAAACAGGCGUGGUGGGUGUUGGCUCAGUCUGCACCUGGGGGGUCUUCACUAAGGAGUCUGCGAGUUCUCCUUUUGUUUCUGUAAGUUAUUCAAAUCCAUACCCCUGUUGAGUGGGCAUCCAGUCCAGGGUGGGCUCCUGCUUUCUGUGACUUUACACAGGAAACAGUGGCUUCAGAAGAGAUGUGGAUGGGCACCCCUUGCAAGAAGUGGAGAUGAUAGGUUGGGUACAGAGAUGCCUGGUCGUCAACAGCAAAAAGCCCCCCCUCCCCCCCUUCCUCCCCCAAUCUGGAGAACUGGCAGAAGGGUAUAAAGUGGGUGCCAUGAAACUGAAGGACAACAGAUAUGCCGAGCAUCUUCACUGGAGCUGCCAGGCUUGUUAGUGUGUCCGGGGGUCUUUCUUGUCCAUUUUGAGUUUGGGGUACACAAACACAGUGUGCGUUUUGUGAGGGGCGCCCCACUUGGUGUGGCUUUAUCACAAUGUGUCUUCUUUGGGGGAAUCCCUAUUUUGGAAAAAAAUAAAAAAGCGAAACAAACAGCAGAGUGUUUUGAAGGUGGCAGAAAGCUGCAGGUGACACCUGGCACUCCACCCUGCUGUUGAUCAAGGGGCACUGCAUGCCACUGAACUGGCGUUGGAGUUUUUUCAUCCCAUUACCCAUCUUCCAUUGCGUUUGGCUGGUUACUUCAGGGGCUUCAGUUGUGGACUUGUUUGUGACGACCCCCUGGUCUGAAAAGAGGGUCCUCACCGCUUCGUUGUCCUCCCACCUUCUAAUCUGAAGCCAUCUUGUCUGCAGACUUUGCCCUCUUCCGUGUCGUUAAUGUCAUUUGUUUUCAAGUAUUUUAUUUUUCUUGUAUUCUUUACAAAGCACCAUAUAGCAGCGAUGGCCGAGACAGGCGCUAUAUAAAUGACGGUGUUUGAAAAACACGCAUGCGCAGUGAUGUCUGUCCUGUUUCGCUCUCCACCCGCACCUGUGUUUUAAUUUUAUUUGGAUUUCCAUCUUCUGAACAAACCGGUUUAGCGGGGCCGUGGCGUAUCGCAGCAGCGCGAACAGAAUUCCACUCGGAAUCUUUCUGGAAUUUCUUUCUUCUUCUGAUGUGCCGACGAGAGGACGACAUUCGCAGAAGUGAUGAAGAAGAACACGCGCGGCGGCGGACGUGAAGCGCCGGAUGAAUGGAGUCGUGAGCGGAGAACAUCUUCGUUUGUCCACGAGGGGGCGCACUUGUUACCCUUUCGAAUGUAAAAUGGUUAACGUCGCUCCGUCGCAGAGCCAGAAUCCAGGGUUCAAAUCCAGCGCCUGUGUGGAGUUUUUAUGUUCCCCUCGAGUCUAUGUGAAUCCGCACCAGCAUCUCCGCGGCCCUACCCAGGAGAAGUGUGUUUCAAAAUGGAUGGAUAACAAAACUCUGUUCCUAACAAGGAAGAGUAUCAGUAGUGUGAUGGCGCAGCAGUUAGUGCCACUCCUCCACCAUCAUGGAGUUGACGUCUGGCCUUCUCCGUGUCUGUGUGCAGCUUGCAUGUUCUCUCCGUGCAUUUGUGUGUUUUCCUCUCAAAUCUCCAGAGAUUUAGAUAUAUAUGUGGGUCUGUGAAUGAGUGUGCCUGAAGGUGAGCUGGCAACCUGCCCAGGGUUUGCUCCUGCCCUGCCUGGCACUCUCAGCCGGACUAACAGGUUGGAUAAUGGAUGGGUGGAUACACUGACGGCCCCACUGCUCAUUUGCUCCCAUCUACUCAGUGGCAGGAAUUGGCAGCAGCCCACAUUUGAGAACAUUCGGGGUCUAUCCAGGCUGGCAUUGUACAGUUCAUUGGGAAUAUCGGGCCAUUUUACCAGCAUCAUAGGACCGGGGGCAAAGUCGUGCACUGGGCCCCCUAGUUUGAUAACAAAACAGAAACUUACAUGGGCAUCAGAAACAUUGUAGGCCCCUAUGCUCCUGUGGCACCCGGCAAAUGCCAAUUGUGCCCAUACGUUAAGAUGGGCCUGGGGAGAUGGGUGGGCCCCAGCAGUCUACUUAGAACUGACAGAGGGCUCAAGGUGGGGCAGGACGAGUAGGAGAUGGGCACCGCUUGGGUUUGUGAUGCCUUAUAGUGCUGUAGCUGUGAUCAGAAAAAAAAAAAACCGGCGUGUCGACCACCUGCUUAACCAAUCACCACAUAAUGACACCGGGGACAGGAGGGUUCAGUUACAGGGGGUGGAAGAGUGACAGGAGACUCGUGGAGGGUCACACAAGGAGACAGUGGUCCCCUCAAUCAAUCUUAUCAGUCAACUGAUCAAUCGAAAUGGUCUUCUAUGGUGUAUUCGUGCAAUGAUUUCCAGCACAAUGAAUGAACCUCACUUUACUUAGAGCACCUUCCUGCUCUGAGCUCCAGCAGUGUCCUUUAUGACCAAUCAAUCAAUAUUUUAUAUGGCUCAUUGUUGUAAUGAUUUUCAGCAUAAUGAGAUCAGCAACAGAUGACUGAAUGAAUGGAUCAAUAUUGUUUUACAUAGCAUCUUAAUUCAGAAAUGUCCAGCGUAAUAUGCUUUAAAAAGAGUGGAUGGAUAAAUCUGUAUAUCACAUAUAGCACUUUUGUGUUAAAUGUCUUACAAUCAAGCAAUCAAUCAAGCAAUCAAUCAAUUGAUAUUCCUUUUAUGGCACAUUUCCACACUGCUUGUCAGUGCAAUGUGCCUAACAAUAGAUGAAUACAUGAAUGAGUCACUCAGUCUGUCAUUUUCUAACCCUCUUAGUCCUGAUCAGAGUUGUGGGGGUCUCCUGGAGACCAUCCCAGCUAGCAUAGGGCGCAAGUCAGGAACAGACACUGGACAGGGUGCCAGUCCAUCACAGGGUGAACACACACACACACACUCGGGACAAUUUAAGAUCGCCGGUUCACCCAACCUGCAUGUCUUUGGACAGUCAGAGGAAAGCCACACAGACACGGGGAGAACAUGCCAACUCCACUUUGGGGAUGCAAACCCCGCGAGGCUGCAGCCCUACCACUGUGCCACCCUGAAUGAAUGAAUUUGGCUUUAAAUCAGUCAACCAGUCAGCCCAUCAAGUAAUCAAUAUGAUUAUACUUUGCCACAUCUCUGAAGUGAUUUCUAGCACAAUGAACUACAUGAUGAAUGAAUGAAUGUUUCUGCAGUGAGACCCCCAAAAUGUGCUCUGCCAUCGAUGUCAUUCAAUGUGGCACUUUACUUGUGUGAUGAUUGUGCUUUUUAACUAUGGAUGGAUAUUUAGGACACAAAUGAAUAAAAAAAGUGUUGUGAACUGUGACAAUAAAUGAAGAAAAAGAGCAAGAAAUGGGAGUUUAAAUAAAUAAAUGGAUUAUGGAAUUUG